AGCGGGGACGUCACAUGGAAGCGAUGCAACCAGCAGUAGCUGCUCCACCACUAAUCACACAUCAUUAACAUAACUAGCUAGUACAAGCUAACCUAGCCCGCUACAUCACUCGCCUUUGAUUUAUCAUAUAUCCGGAACUGCAUAUCUGCAAGGAAACUAACGCAAGAUUUAUAGACGGUGCAGAGCGGGGAGCAACUCUACGGUCACACACAGUUACCGCGGCCUCUUCUCGCAUCCGUCUGACAGGCUACUUUGGCUAGCAGGCGAAGCCAGCGAUAGCAAGCUCUGCCUUGGCUAGCGUCAGGCUAGCCAGCUAGCUAGCUAGCUACUCACAUCGCUAACGGUAGUUAGCUAGCUAGCGAGCUGUAGUAAUUUGCGUCAUGGAUGAACUAGUCGUGGAAGUGAGGGGGACGAGUGGCGCCUUUUAUAAGGCCUAUGUGAAGGAUGUUCUCGAAGGAUCGGUCAAUGUGGCGUUUGAAAACAAUUGGCAGCCAGAGCGUCAGAUCUCCUUCCAGGAUGUGCGUUUCCCUCCUCCAACAGGCUUCUGCAAGGAGAUCAAUGAGAGCGAUGAGGUCGAGGUGUAUUCCAGGGCUAACGACAAGGAGCCAUGUGGGUGGUGGCUGGCCAAGGUUCGCAUGGUCAAAGGAGAGUUUUACGUAAUAGAGUACGCUGCGUGUGACGCUACGUUAAAUGAGAUAGUGACACUGGAGCGACUACGGCCAGUCAAUCCGAAUAAACCAGCCACCAAAACCACCUUCAUCAAGAUCAGACUGGAUGUGCCUGAGGAUCUACGGCAGAUGUGCUCCAAGGAGUCGGCACACAAAGACUUCAAAAAGGCAGUGGGAGCGUUCAGCGUCACCUACGACUCGGAGAAAAAGCAGCUUGUCAUUUUGUCGGUGAAUGAGGUCACAACGAAGAGAGCCAACAUGAUGAGUGACAUGCACUUCAGGAGCCUCCGCACCAAACUGUCUCUCAUGCAGAGGAACGAAGAGGCCAGCAGACAACUGGAGAGCUCCAGGCAGCUGGCAUCGCGGUUUCAUGAACAGUUUGCGGUUCGGGAUGACCUCAUGGGUCUGGCCAUCGGGACUCACGGUGCCAACAUUCAGCAAGCACGUAAAGUCCCUGGAGUCACUAACAUCGAUCUGGAUGAGGAGACGUGCACCUUCCACAUAUAUGGAGAGGACCAGGAUGCUGUACGCAUGGCCAGGAGUUUCCUGGAAUUCUCUGAAGACGUCAUCAAAGUUCCCAGGAAUUUAGUAGGAAAGGUGAUUGGCAAAAACGGCAAACUAAUCCAGGAAGUGGUCGACAAGUCCGGGGUGGUGCGAGUUCGUAUUGAGCCUGAGAAUGACAAGAAGCCUGCGGUUGCAGCAGCAGCGGCAGCAGCAGCAGACGAGGGAAUGGUGCCAUUUGUUUUUGUGGGGACCAAGGAAAGCAUCUCCAAUGCUACAGUACUGCUGGACUAUCACCUCAACUAUCUUAAGGAGGUGGAUCAGCUUCGUCUGGAGCGCCUUCAGAUCGACGAGCAGCUGCGACAGAUAGGAGGCGGAGGUGGAGGAGGAGGGACGGGGCCCAGGAACCUUAAAGACAAAACCUACGUGUUCGAUAACGGCAUGGGGCUCGGCAUGGGGAGAGGAGCAGGAGGAGGCGGAGGAGGGAAGCCCUACGCAGGGGGAGGAAGAGGUGGCAGAGGGCGAAGAGGAGGAGGUGCAGCUUUCGCCUCAGGCACCAACUCGGAGGCAUCCAACGCUUCAGAGACUGAGUCAGACCACAGAGACGAGCUCAGCGAUUGGUCGCUGGCCCCCACCGAGGAGCUGAUGACAGGAGGCGGGACCCUUCCCAGACGGACAGACGGGAGGAAGAGGGCAGGCGGGGGAGGUCCGCGGGGACGAGGAGGGAGAGGAAGGGGAGGGGGCGGGUAUAAAGGUGAAGACAUGCAGUGGAGCGAGCCGAGACCUCGUCAUAUCAGAGACCCCAAGACAAGAGCGCAGGAGGACACUCUACAGAUCCGUGUGGACGGCAACAAUGAACGUAGUGUGCAGCACUCCUCAGGGGGAAGAGGAGGAGGAGGAGGAGGAGGGCCUUCCUCGUCCCAGGGUGGCAUCGGUUCCAGCGGGGAGGGUCCAUCCCGCCAUCAUCAUCAGAGACCCAUCAGAGACCGAGGGAUGAAGAAGGACAAACAGGACGCUCCUCCGCUGGUGAACGGAGUGUCGUAGAUUACCCACUGGAGGACCUUCUCAUCUAGACACACACAGAAACACACACCCAGGCAACUUGUCAUAAACCAUCGUAGUGUCUCUCUCGCUUUUUUUUCUUUUUCUGUCUUUGUCAAACACAUGAAUACACAUAUUUCAUCAGCAUGGAAGAGUUUACUGUAGUGAAGUCUUAGCCAGAGGUGAUCUGGUAUCUGCUGGUCUGCUCUGUCGAGUUUUCUGGUCCGCUUAGUUCUCCACUGCUCUGUUCUUCUCUGGAGUGACACGUAAAGAAAUGGCACUUUUUUAGACUGAAGGAAAAGAAGAGAUGUGAUCUGACUAAAGCUCAUCUCUCACAGAGGCAUUGACCCCAAACAUGCUCUCCUACCCAGCAAAGGCAAAGAAUUGUUUACUUGUUUUUUUUUUAAAUCACCUGAAUUGGAUGAUUUCUUUUUUCCUCUGCCCUGUUUGGACUUUCUCACAUCGGGAAGAAAAAGAGUGAAACAAAUUAAGGAAGUAAUUACAGGUACCUCAGAAGAAUCGUGUUACUGCAGAUGUUGAAUGUGGAGAUGAUCUGACAGCACUGGCCUCGAAUUUUACUUUUUAUCGUCUGAGGCUCCAAAAUCCAACACUUGGGAGUCAGCCUGGACACAGCAUUGCAUUUACAAUACAACUACACUGAGUAGAGAAGUCAUGAAGCAUCUUACAGAUGCAUUUUUAGAGAGUAUUAAGAACUACAGUGAGAUAAUUCUAUAAUAUAAACAUUGUCCAGAUGUUGUAGAUGUGUUUUGGGUGUCGCCCAAAUGACUUCUACAUAUGGGAAACAGAAUUUUUAGUUUAGAAAAAAAACGUUUGCAAACUGAAAUCACACUUGCCUUUGGGAUCAGCAGAGUGAAGUUCAAAGUGUCCAUGUUUGAGGAUGAAAUGCCAGCAGGGAUGCAUGGGCAAUGAAAUUGCUAACGAAUACCAAUCUCACUUUAUUGAACCCAUCUGUGUUUUGCUUCCUGUUGCCAUCACAACGUUAAUUCCUUCAGUCUGUUCGACUGUCAGACCAAGCAUGAAUUCAAACGCAUAUUAGCCGUACCACUGGGGAAACAUAAAUCUGAGGCACUCUGAUGCAAAUGAUCACUUUUAAAAGCUUUUAAAGAAGCAAAUAUAUUAACUCUUAAGAGUCUUCAACAGGCUACAAAAUGUUAUGCACUGCUGUUCCUUUUUAAAAUGAGUUUCUUGUCAUGUGACCCACGCUACUGAAGUGAUUAGUGCAUUCAGCUCACACUGACUUAGACCUCCCUUCAGCUGUUGCUGUUGAGGUUUUUUUUACUGAUUGACUGAUCUGUAUCAGCCAUGACAAAUACCAUUCAUAACAGUGCGUGAACAGCUGGCUGUUUGGAUUAUAGAAUGAAAGUCUGUCUGUUUCCCAAGCUGAGUGAGUGAUGGACAUUCAAAAAAAAAAAACACUUCUAAAACACUGUGGAUUAGAAUUGAUUUAAAGGAAGCACACAGAAAACUGGACACUAAUAGCAACUACAGUAAACCAAUAUGCUUGAUUAUAAAUUCAGUAUUCAGAAACACAGGUAAAACCUGUACAUUCAUUCAGUCAUUAAGACGUACACUGUGUCUCAUGACUAAAGCCUUUACAACAGUCGUGAAUAAAAUCUUCCAGACAGACGUGUGAAGUUAUCUUGUUAAAAACUGAGGGAGCCUUCUCAACUUCCACAGGGGAAUAUUGUGAGCCAGCUCAAUUAGUUCAGUAACGUUUGCAGGAUUGAGGUGGGAACAUCUUGAAUGUAGAACUCCAUGAGCUUUUCUUUAAUUUAUGAAAACCUUUGUACUUAACCUUUAGAGAAACCUGUUUGAAGUAUUAUUGUAGGAGAACCGGCAUUACACUGAGUUACUCUUUGACAAUAAAUAUUGGUGUAAGUAUUAUU